AUGCCUUUCACGAAAAUUGGUGGUGGUGGUUUGAUUGAAUUGACAGAGUUGGGAGUUCCUAAGGUAGGGUUUUGUAUGUCGAUGGUAAAGUUUUGUGUGAUUAGAGGUCCGGAUUGUAAUAGUUUGUAACGGUUUUUAGUUUUAAAUAAUUGUUUAUUUUUAUUUAUAGUAGGAUCAGGUGAACGCGGAUCGGAUGAAUCUGAUAAAUUCCUUUUGCUAGGUGGAAGUGAACAAAUUUUUUGUUCGGAAUAAAACUAUUUUUUUUUUAAACGACUAUAGUCUUUUUUUAGAGGGUUAGAGUUUGAGUUUUUAGAGGACUAGACUUGGUUUUAUUUCAUUAUAUAUAGGGAUUUCGUAAUUGUCAACGGUUUUUAAUUACCCCCAUAAGUGGCACAACCAUAAUAGACAAUUAUGAAAUACAUCCAACAAAUUUGUUGGUAACUUGUUGGACAUUGUUGGAUUUUUCCCAGAAUUUGUUUUUUAAUGUGCCCGUUUCGUUUUGCGUAGAAUUCUACAGACAAACUACAAAGUACGUGUGACCUACUAAAUUGUGGCUACGAUAUUUGCUCAGGCAAGGAAACACCGUGCUUGAUCGAAAGUAAGAUACAUUUUACAUUAGUACUAUGUAUAAUAGAACCAAACAUUACCAAGUCAGUCGUUUAAACAUAAUUUCUUCGAUAUCUUUAUUUUACCUACUGGUUCGUAAUUACAGGUGCUGCAACACCAUUCACGAUUAGAGUACAAUUUGGACCAGGUGACAAGGAAGAGAAUCCUGAUGACAAUCUUGGCGUGUGCAUUAGAUACCAACAACAAAAGUGCUCACCUUGA